UGAGGCAGGACGGAAGUCUCCGAUCGGUGCAGCGGAUCCCCUCCAACCGACUCAGGAGCAGGGAUCCCCAGCCCAAUUUUCUUGGAUGUGGAAGCAGGGAAUCUCCAUUUAUGAGCACCUUGGAGGAGGGGCCGCAAUCCUAGAACCUGUGGGUCUGAGGGAGGAGGCGUCUGGCGUCCAAGAAACUUAGUCUGCAGGAGGAGGCAUCUGGGGAACCAGGUCACCCUCGCUGAGGGAGGAUGGUUCAGGGGCCUUGGGCCCCUGGAUGUGAGGAAGGAGACUGCUGUGGACCUGAACACAGUCUGAGGGAGGAGGCAGCGGGCACCCGCACUCCCUGUAGUGAGUGGUGUGGUAAACCUCUGCCCCUGAUCACACUCAACACUUCCCAUUCCCCCACCUCGGAGCCUGGCCAGCCAGACACUCCAGGUGGCUGCCCCUCCCUCUCCUGAGAUGUCAGGGAAGAGACCUGUAUCCUACACAGGGGCCCCACACAGCCUGGGGGCCCCCAGUCCCAGAGUGAGGGGGCGGAGGUGCUGUUGACAGGUCUGGUAUUCAUUCACCUGCUGUUUUCCAGUCCUGGCCCAGCUUCUAGAAUGUUCUAGUCUCACCAUCUCCCAGCAGCCAAGUCAGGGAAAUCAAGGCCAUGGAUUCGAGGGCUCCUCCAGGUUAUGGGAACACGAGGGCCAAGUGGCAUUGCACAGAGUUCAGAUCUCACCCGCGCCACUUCCGGGUUGUGCGACCCGGUAGAAAGGGUGUCUCCUCGUGUUUGACUGUAUAGCCCUGGCUGGCAUGGAACUCGUGCAAACGGGCCAGGCCUCAAGCUUGUGGCCAUCUUCCUGCCUCUGCCUCCUGGUUGCUGAGGUACAGGUGUGCAUCACCACACCCAAUUUUGCCUAUUUAUUUACACUAACCGAAUACCUAUUCUUAUUCUAAAAGCUAAGCAUUCCUCGGGUUCUAGAGCAUAAGGUACCCCUGAGGUCCUCCCACAGUCCGCCAAGCUGACAUCUGCCCUCGGGUGGGGCAGGAGGGGGCCCUGACUUCGGCUACUCCGGUGUCUUCCUUCUCUAACCACGGCCUCUUUCUCCAUCUUCAGGUGUGCAAGCCAUGCUCGCCCGCCACCCCUGCUCUCUCCUCCUUUUCCUUUUCCUCCUCCCCAGCGUCCCCAUGGAGCCCCACCCCCCAUCCUCAACCCUGCCCCCAUUUCUGGCUCCUGAGUGGGACCUCUUGUCACCCCGAGUGGCCCUGUCACGGGGCGCCCCUGCCGGGCCCCCUCUCCUCUUCCUGCUAGAGGCCGGGGCCUAUGGAGAGCCGGCAGGGGCCCCAGCCAACCGCAGCCGGCGCGGGGUGAGUGAGACGGCACCGGCAAGCCGCCGGGGUGAGCUGGCGGUGUGCGACGCAGUGAGUGGCUGGGUGACCGACCGGCGGACAGCUGUGGACUUGCGUGGGCGCGAGGUGGAGGUGCUGGGCGAGGUGCCUGCGGCAGGUGGCAGUCCCCUGCGUCAGUACUUCUUCGAGACGCGCUGCAAGGCCGAAAGCGCUGGGGAAGGUGGCCCAGGUGUGGGCGGAGGGGGUUGUCGCGGCGUGGAUCGCAGGCACUGGCUCUCAGAAUGCAAGGCUAAGCAGUCCUACGUGCGGGCGUUGACUGCAGACUCCCAGGGCCGCGUGGGCUGGCGCUGGAUUCGGAUCGACACAGCUUGCGUCUGCACGCUCCUCAGCCGAACGGGCCGGGCCUGAGGUCCGGGCUUGGGAACUGCCCAGGUUGAGGGGGAAAAAAAAAAAAAGCUGGAUGCUGAAAGACCACAGGGGUGGCCCGGCUGCUCUACCGUGCCUUCUGACUGGGAACUGAAAUUACCACAGAAUGGAAUCUCUCUCAAAUCUCAGUCCGUGUGGAAUGUAUGAUGAAACCAAAUGAGGUUUCAAGUGAUGACUAGGAGUUCUGCCAGAGGAAUUUGACAUUAAUAAUAAUAACCAAUGUUUACUAUC